AGCUAGUUUGUGCAUGUGUGUGUUGUUUAACCAAGGUAAGCAGUGCAGCAGCUUGCUCACACAAGUGAGUGUCUUCCAGUGAAAGACAGACACACAGCACAGGGGAAAGAAGGAGAGAAGAAGAGAGGGUCUAGAGCAUUGAGACCAGCUUAAAACCAAGAUGUCUUCCUUAUUCAUGACAAACAGCAUGGUUGGCAAAGCCCGCUCCUCAAACUUCACCCUGUCUGAGAAACUGGAUCUUUUGCGGCUGGUACAGCCCCACAUACGAAUUUUGGAAGAGCACACCAACAAGCAUGCAGUGAUUGUGGAUAAGAACCGGUGCUGGGACAGCAUAGCAGAACGCUAUAAUAGUUUAGGAGGGGAGAGGCCCCCCAGAACUGCUCAGGGCCUUCGGACCCUCUAUAAACGACUUAAAGAAAGUGCCAAACAGGAAGUUCUUCAGCGAAGCCACGCCCAACCAGAGUACAGGGGCAGCAUAUCAGAGCCAACCAAACGCAUCAUGGAAAUGAUUCCACAACUGUUUCAUGUGGGAGACAAAGAGCAGAGUGCACUCCACAGGCUUCAGUUCAAGAGGAACUCUCCAGUAGAGCAGCCAGGCAGCAGUCUGUCACUUACUAUGAUGUCAGACUAUCCACCUGUUGCGGCUGUGAGGGUGGAAUCAGAGGAUGUGAAACCACCACCUGAUAUUCACCUGAUUACAUCACAUGGUUCACCUGUUACUAUCACCACCCCAAGUAGUCAAGCCCACCAUGGACAGAAUGACAGGGACAAUGAGGUAGUGGAAGAGGAGGAAGACGAUGAGGAAGAGGAAUUAGUCUCCCACGUAUACACGGCCUCCCUCUCUCCAUGUCCCUCCUCCAUACACCUCCCACCCUCGCCAUCAGCACCAACCCCAAGGAGGAGUCUGUAUCAAAGGGGCAAUGCCGCUUUUAAAAAUCACAUUUUUGAGGCAGAAACAUUGCAGAUGAUGCGUGAGGAACAUGAGCUGCUUCUGGCCAAUCACAGAAAACUUGGGUUGUAUCUGGAGGAGAAGAGGGAGGGCCUUAAAAGAAAGCAACAGUUGGAGGAGGAGCUACUCAGGUCAAAGGUCAAAGUGGAGAAACUAAGGGCGGCCAGACUCCGCCACGGGUUGCCAUUGAUUUGACACAUACAAUGUUGUGUAUAAAAUGUAGCAUAAAGGGAAUUUCGGCACUACUGCUACUCAGUUGGCAAUAUCCAACUGCAAUGAAAUUGUUUGUUUGUACAGUUUGAAGUUGUUGAAAUGUUUGUACAGUUCUUUUUUGUUUGUACAGCUUUUAUUCAGGUGAUAUUUGUUCAAGGACUGUUUGUUACAAAUUGCAUUAAGGUUGUAUUUGUUAAUAUUAGUUAACUACAUUAGUUAACUUGAAUGAAAUACUUUUUAGCACUUAUAAAUCUUGAUUAGUGCUGGGUGUAUCCAUUUACAAAGUAAUUACUGUAAUUUAAAGAUUAUUUGGUUUAAUAGAAGUAGUUUAAUGCAUUACAUAUUAAAUUCUUGUAAUCAGAUUACAGUUACUGAAUUUCAAUUAAAAUAAUUACGUUUAAGGACAUUACUUGAGCAAAAGUAAUAUGUACUGUAUAAAUACAUUUAAAAUAUGAAUUAAUAUGUUCGUCUGUUAGCAUGCGUGACAAUAAAUGAGGAAAUAUAGACAUUUUGGAAAUAUAGACCAAACUUCCAGAAGUGAUUUAGAAAGUAACUUAAAUGUAAAACAAUUAGUAAUGUGAUUACUUUUUAGACAAAGUAAUCAGUAAAGUAAUCUGAUUAUAUAUUUUUUAGAAAAGUAAUUUUUAGUGGAUUACUAAUUUUGAGUUACCCUACACUGAUCUUGGUUAAUGUAAAAUUCAACAUAUACAUUUUUAACUUUUAAAAGUUGUAUAUGUUUGCAUUAGUUAAUGCAAUAUGAACUAACAUGAAGAAUGAACAAUUGUAAAUGUAUUCAUUAACAUCAACCAAGAUAAAUUAAUGCUGUAAAAAUAUAUUGUUCAUUAUCAGUUCGUUACACUUAAUGCAUUUACUGAUGUUAACAAAUACAACCUUAUUGUAAAGUAUUACUAGAUCGUUUUUCAUAUCUGUAGCAGGAAUGAAAGUUUUUGUGUGAAUGCCUGAUUGGACAAG